AGACCCCCGGUACACAACUUCCCUGCGACACGGUACCCAUCACUUUCUCUUGCUUCACUUAAAGACACAUUUCUGGAGCUUUUACCGUUCGCGAAGAAGAAGAGGAAUACAGGAUCCGCCGAAAACCCCAAAGUAUAUUUUAGAGAAAGGGGGAACUUAUUUUUUUUAUUAUUAUUUUUAUUUUUAUUUUAAAAGAUGGCCAACUCUGGUGUUCAGCUGCUGGGCUUUUUCCUGUCCUUAAUUGGCAUCGUCGGACUGAUCAUCGGGACUAUCCUGCCCCAGUGGAAGAUGUCCGCGUACAUCGGGGACAACAUCAUCACAGCCGUGGCCAUGUACCAGGGGCUGUGGAUGUCAUGCGCCUUCCAAAGUACCGGACAGCUCCAGUGUAAGAUCUACGACUCCAUUCUGCAGCUCGACAGUUCACUCCAGGCCACUCGUGCCUUGAUGAUAGUUGGCAUCAUUGUGUCCGUCGCAGGCCUGGGUGUGGCCUGUAUGGGAAUGAAGUGCACCACCUGUGGAGGGAGCGAAAAAGUGCGCAAGUCCCGCGUCGCCAUGACAGGAGGCAUCAUCCUACUCGUGGGAGGGCUGUGUGCCAUCGUAGCGUGCUCCUGGUUCGCUCAUAAUGUGAUCCGGGCUUUCUAUAAUCCCUACACUCCAGUCAACACCAAGUUUGAGUUCGGCGCGGCCAUCUUCAUCGCCUGGGGCGGCUCCCUCCUAGACGUCCUGGGCGGAGCCAUGUUGGCCGCAUCCUGUCCACGAAAGAAACAGGCGUCGAAGUACCCGUCCAUGGGCGCUUCCCGCUCUGGUCCGCCGAGCAGCACUAAAGAAUAUGUCUGAGAGCGCCCCCUACAGCUUUGGACUCCAACAGAAGCUUAGCCCCCCACCCCCCAUUCCCCAUCCCCACCCCUCCUCUCAUUUUUGCAGCCAAGAGUAAAACUGAAAGUGUAUACGGGAAGUUGUGAAUCAUAGAGGCAAGGAAUUACUGAAAUGGGACUUUCUUUUCUUUUUUUUUGGUCAGGCAGACCUUCGAUAACCCCUCGAUUAUCACGCGGCACUCUCAAUUGUUUCAUGAAUGAUGUCUCUCACCCCGACCACACAUUCCACGAUUGUUUACAAGUGACCUUCACAAAUCCAUUAUAAUUAGA